AUGUACGAAAUAAUUCAACCCUACAUUCCAACUGGCGCUUUCAAAGAUGCUCUAAUUUAUUAUUCUACAGUAAUCCUUGUCUGCCAAUUAGGAAGAUAUAUUUGCGAUAAAACACUAUCCAAAAAAUCGCGUUUUUAUAUUUUAGCCAUCGAAUUUUUCGGAACAUUACAAGUCACUACAACUGUCUAUGAAAAUGGUGAGAUUUUUUGGGUUCACAGUAUUUUAUUAAUUGCUCAUUUUAAAAUUAGCCCUAAAUAAAUUGUGAACAAUUUCGUAGAAUUAAAAAAAUCUAGAAAUUCUUCGCAGUUUUUGGAAAGCCGGAUAUAUAUUUUUCAUUUCUUGGUGGUCUAUUUUCCGCGCUUGAAAUUUCCACGUCAGCAUGACGUGGCAAUUAUUCAUAUUUUCGGACCCGGAAAAAAAUGACUCAUGAAAAUUUAAAAAUUUCAGUUUCUGGAAAAAAAUAACAUUUUUCAUUCGAAAUGCAGAAAACUUUAAACUUUUAAAAAGAAAAUUCCGUGGUUUAUUGUAUAACUCAAUUUUAUUUUUUGAAAAUUUCGAAAAGUGGGUUCACUUUAACCUCCCGGCAAAGUGUCUAAAUGUGAUUCUGUUACUUUGUCCGUUUUAAACUAACGAAAUAAACCCGUCAAAAAGGGUUUUCGAAAAUAACUUUCCGGAAAUCACCAAUUCCAAAAAUAAAGGCUCUCUUUGAACGAAAAAAAUCGUGCGUGCCACAGUGACCCUCCACCGGCACACUUGAGCUGGUGGCAAUGCUGUGAAGGUUGAAAUGAGGUAUUAUUUAUGUUCAAAUCUUGUCAUAACCACGUUCGGCUAUGUUUGUGUCAAAAAAUAUUGAGUUUUGAUCUUUUGAAUUUCCCGGGGUGGACUGUGAAAGUUGUAACACUAUUUAUGAAACACCCUGUACAGUAAUAUUUUUUGGCUCAAUUUUUGAAAAGUUUCAGAAGAUUUUAACAAAGAAUAAUUGGGAGGUCUUCCUGAAAUCCAAAAACUGCGAGAAAUUUCGAAACCCCUUAUUUUUUCUUUACCAAUUUUCAGCCGUAAUCGACAUUUACUUGGGUCGAAAAUGUUUUGCCCUAACACUUUUCAUAAUGGGUAUCUUAUUCGCUUAUUAUAAUCGUGGAGCAUAUUGUGGACCAUUUAUGCCAAUUGAACAAUUCUAUUACAAUAAAAUCAGUCUUUCACAUUUCGUCCAACUUCUUGCCGCCCAAUUUUCCGCUGGUUAUAUUUCAUAUCGAUUUGCAAGAACAAUUUGGCUCCAAGCCACAAUUCAAUCAGAACCACAUAUUAAUAUUGUUGGAAUUUAUGAACAAUGUGCCUUUAAUCAUCCAGUAAGUUGGAGUACUGUAGGAAGAGUGAUUUAGAUUUGUUUGAAAAUUUUUAGUAUCACAUCUACCUUCAUCUUUUAUUCGAACUUGUUGGAAGUUUUACAAUUCGUCAUGUUUUAACUCGCUCAACAAGUUCAACUUUUUCCGCAUUUUUCAUGGCUAUGGUUUUCACUGGAGGUUUGUAAUGGGAUCUUUCCGAUUCAAAAAUGUGUUUUUUUCGAUAAAAAAAUAGUACGCUGUUGGUUUUGAGUUUCCCAAUCUUCGAAUUUUUAGCCUUAUUUUAACAAAAAUUAUAAUUCCCUUAAAACUAAUUAGUUAAUCAAUUCAAUUAAUUUUCAGUAGUCACUUUCGUUGGUGACCAAGCUUUGGAUCCAUUAAUUGCCACCACACUUUUCUACGGUUGUCGUGGAUUAGACUUCCAACAUUUCAUUCUAGUUUAUUGGGUGAGCCAUUCACAUAGUUGAAUUGAUUAAUUCUUUUGUUUUUUUUCAGAUUUCCCCUGUAAUUGGAUGGCUUUUGUCUGCUCACAUCGAUUCAAAAGCAGUUCAACCAAAGAAAUCGAAAAAGAAGACUAACUAA